AUAUAUAGAUACGAUUUCUGUUUGUGGCAUAUUAGAUAUUAAACAUGCCGUGCUUAAAGGUGCUUACAAAUUUGCCAAACAGUAAAAUUCCUAAAGAUUUUGUCACUAAAAUUGUGCCCGUGCUCUCCAAAACUGUGAGGAAGCCAGAACAAAAUUUCAUAGUCGUCAUAUCCGGAGAAUGUCCCUUGUCGUUCGGUGGAGUAUCAACGGAAUAUGGGGCAGUGGCAUCGAUAGAAUCGAUCGGACAUUUGGGGCCUGAUGAUAACAAAGUCAUAACUAAAGAAGUAACCGCUUUUAUUAACAAAGAGCUGGGUAUAAAACCGGAUAACUUCUUCCUCACGUUUUAUGACCUCGCAGCUUACAACGUCGCUAGGAACGGGGAGACUAUUGGUUAAAUGGAUUUCGAAAUAAAACAAAUUAUUUAUUA